GGACACAGGUUACAGGUGAGUGCGAACGGCAAGAGAGAUGGAGAAGGGGGUAGCAGAUGCGGCGGAGCUGCCGAUGGCUAUUGUACGGAGAGUGGUUAAAGAGAAGCUGUCGGAGUGCUCGCCGGACGUUGACAUUUUGGUCCACAAAGAGGCUCUUCUCGCUCUAUCCGAGAGCGCUCGCAUCUUCAUCCACUACCUCUCCGCGACGGCCAACGACAUAUGUAAAGAAUCCAAGAGGCAGACAAUUAUUGCCGAUGAUGUAUCAAAAGCGCUGGAAGAGAUUGAAUUCCCUGAAUUUACUGAGGAUUUUAAUGCGUCGCUCGCUGACUUCAGGCAGAAGAAUUCUGGAAAAAAGGCAACUGCGUCGAAGGCCAAAGAAGUGAAAAAGAGGAAAUUAGAAGAAACAACGGCGAAGAGUAAAGGCAAGAGUAAGAAAGUUGAAGAAGAGACUGAAGAGAAGGAUGACGAUGCUGAUAGUAACUAGCACCUGAAUAGCAUAUUGUCAUUAACCUACUGAAGCAGCUGAAAUGAUGCAUGCUUUUGUUCCUUCUGGUUGGUGGUUUCUACGUAUGCCAAGAGAUUGAUGAAAUAUUGAUCCAUGCAUGAUUCGUCCCCAUAUGUAUCUAAUGAAGUACACACGACACCGUAGAUUUGUUCCCAUAUGUUUCUGUUGUCAGUAUUUGGAAGUCGAAUGAAAACGCCAAACAAGGGUUGGUUUAAAAUUAUUUUUUAUUUUC